CUUAUCAGCAAUUACACAUUCAACGCUGCGGCCCAAGCGAGUGCGGUUCAAGCACUGUGGCAGGUCACUUCGUAGCUGGGGCCCAAAUAGAUAGACCAAUAAGAAUGCACCAUCCACAAAGAUAUUAUGAAAGGGACGUUACGGCACGCGCCCAUUGAGAGAGUGACAGAUAAGGAAGAGUCAACUGUUUGAGAGCGCAACGAGGUUGUUACUGGCCAAUCAAAGGGAAGCACGUGCUGAGGUCCUCGAGUAGAGAAAAGCGUAUUCCCAAUAGAGAAUAUGGUGCUCGCUGUGAGGAUGCCACGUGCCCCUCCUCUUUCCAGGAGUGCUGGACACUAUCGCGUCUCUUAUUGGCUCCGCCGUGGGACCAAUCACAGGCCUCGAUUUACGCCUCCCAGAUACGCCACUUUUUUUUUUCCCAGCGGGGCCCACGUAAAUUAAAAUUCAUCCAAUCACAACCCUCUACUGUUUUCUGUUGCCCUAGACACGUGUUGCUUAUUCACCCAGCCACCGCGCUGCCGUUAUCAUUAUCGUUUCCUCCCUGCUCCCCCAUCCCUUCUCUCGGCAACAGAGCGAAAACAAGCGACCUUGGCUCACACUCUCAAGAGAUCCGCGCCUCAGAUUAGGAACUCCCGUUGGUUGAUGGACGGUGGAGAUGUAUGGAGCAACCUAGCCGCGCGUGCCCCCGGGGAUGCUUCUCGCGAUAAAACCGUAGUUAACAGAAUAAUGCUCAGAUUCCGUCCGAUCGCGCCGAAACCGGUCGCCGGAGGCUCUGCCUCCGGAGCUGCGGUGCCGGACAACACGAGUAAGGUGUUGCUUUCGGGCAAGAGAGCGAAGCGAAAGUACGUUAGGGUUCGGAGGAACACUGGAUGUGGGAGAAAGGAUAAUAAUAAUAAUAACAGAUCUUUUGAGAGAUCUGAGAUGCGAGAGAGUCCGGAGAACGCGGUUGUAACUCUUCAGUUGAUGCCGGAGAAAAGUGAACUGUCGGGAGGCUCGAUCGCCGAGACCUCAUGGUGUAAGAACGUUGAUCUGGACGUGACAGUGGAGAAAGUUGAGAUCCCGAGAAAUCCUGAACCGGCAAGGCUGUGGGCAACGACGGGCUCCCUGAACGGCGUCCGGAGGGUGGUGGAGUCGUGGGUGACGGUGGAGAGCGUGGGGGACACGUGUACGAACGUAGGAGGGUUAGGUAGUACGGAUGUUGAGAAGGUGAAGAAUCUGGAGAGCGACACGUGUCCGGGGUUCAUAUCAGACGGUACGGGCAAGGUUGGAUGGGUGAACGAGGCGUACAAGAGGAUGGUGAGUGGGAAAGACGAGGAAGGGUCGUCGCCGGAGGUGGUGGUGAAGUUGAAAGUGAGGGAUAACGUGAUCUAUUCAUACGAGGCAUUUACGUGCGGGGUGAGAUUACAGUAUACGUGUCAGAAGGAGAAGUGGACGAAGAUGGUGCCGUGUGAUGUGUGGAAAUUGGACUGCGGUGGCUUUGCAUGGAGGCUAGACAUCAAGGCUGCCCUGAGCUUGGGUCUCUGAGAAACCAGAAUUCAGAAGGAAAGAGAUGAAUUAGAGUGCCGGAGCCUAUGUAUCAGGUAUUAUUUUAUGUUUGAAGAAAGUUGAAAAUGAAAAGUAAUAGCUAUUAGCUAGCAGCUCUCUGGUUAUGCGCUAGGGGUGGGAUGGGAUGGGAAGUGAUCGUGGCUCUUAUCUGGUUGGGACUGAAGAGAGGACAAGAGCUAGUAAACGGGAGGAACAACAACAAUACUGGCAAUUAUCUUACCCAUAAAGUAUUGUACCGUUCCCCCGGGCUUGAGGGUGAAUUAUUAUCUGUGUAUAGUUACAUCUCUCCCCUUAGCUUAACUAUGUAAUAUAUAUUGCCGCUGACACUCCAUAGGGGCUAAAUAGACUGGGGGGAUGACCUAUGUGAUUAAUCUAAUAAUCUAAUAUAAUGUUAA